GUGUGAGAAAAGGCUUAAAUGAGCAAUAAAAACCAAAAAGUCAAACAAAUCAAUGAAUUUUAAUCACUCUAAUCAUCAUAAUCAUUGAAAUAACGGUUUAUUUUAAUUGCACGUAUUGCAUAAACGUCAACGUUGACCACAAUAAUGGCAAAAACUUGCCGACGGCUUUUUCAAAACUAAACUUUUUUCUGUCGCGUACCUAGAAAAGAAUAAAAACUUAUCGCAAAUUCCAAAAAAAAACAAAAAUUAUUAAAAAUUCAAAGCUAAUAAAAAACAACAAGAAAGAAAAAUUCCUAAUUCCAUUAAAAAGUGUUUAGUUUUUGUGCAACUUGUAUACAUGCCAUAACAUGCACCCGGACUUUAGUCUGGUGUUGCAAAAGUGUGCUUCAAAUUUAAGUUUAAAGCAUAAACAACCCAUUUUAUUUAGUGCGUACGUUAACGGUAAAAACAUGUCCGCCUCGACGGCUGAAAUGUCCAAUAAUUCGCCAGACGACACCGAAGAUCUAGUACGCAUAGUAAGCGAUGAGGAAGAUGAAGUUGAGGGAGAGGAUACUGCUCAGUUUCCCCAACACAAUACCGACCAAGAGGAGGAGGAUGACAAUAUUAGUUUGUGUAGUGAACUGUCGGUGGGUAAAGAAAAUCCUGGCGAGGAACGGCCAGCUAGCAUGGACGAUGAGGAGAUUUUGGAUAUUAGUGAUACACAUUCAAAUUCUUCCACCGAAGAAAUGCAACAUUCACCCUCAGUAUCCUCUCAAGAAACUGGCAUAAAUCCUUUUGCCUUGGCCAACACUUUAAGAUUUCCCGUGCCUUUUGGCCUGCAACCAAAUGCCGCCGUUACAGCAGCAAAUAUUUCUCCCUUCCAAGAGGAGUUCCUAAGAAAGUCGCAUCUUUAUGCUGAAGAACUAAUGAAACAUCAAAUGCAAUUAAUGGCUGCCGCCCGGGCCAGUGCCUUUUCGUUGCGUUCGAAUUCAUUGCCCCAGCUGCAUCAUUCUCAUCCAAUAAACUCCACUCCCAAUCUAGUGCAUCAUCUGAAUCCUUUAGCUAAAAUUGGCCAAUUAAGUGCAGCUGCAGCAGCUGCCCUCUCAGCGGCAGCUCAACAAAAUCAUAAACCUUUAAAUCAUGGCCAUCAUCCUCAUCAUAUGCUACAACAACAGCAGCAGCAUCAACACCUGCAUCAUCAAUAUUCCCUAAACAAUGAUACCUUGGCCAAAUUAACGGAUCUAAGCAAGCAACAUUCACCUACCACAAUCGGCUCCAACACCAAUACCACCCAUCACAUGAUGUCCACUCUCAACCAGCUGCAGACCCAAAUGCAGGCUCAUUUACCCGGUCUGCUGCAUGACAAUAAUGAUAAUCUUCACGAAAGAGCUUUAAAGUUUAGCAUAGACAAUAUACUUAAAGCCGAUUUUGGACGUUCGAAUAGUCUGGAUUCACCACCUCAACAAAGGAAAACCAGCCAACAUAAAUCCCAUUCACACCGGCAAAAACUAAAUACAUCAUCGUCCUCCUCAUCCACGGCCUCCACAACAGUGUUAAACGACUCACUGGAACACACAGCCCAAACAUUGGCGCAUAAUAUUUCACCUUCGACCCAAACAUUCUCCUCUUCUUUGGCCACCAUUUGUACGAAUAGCAAUGAUUCGAGUAGCACGGCUGUUAGCAGCAGCUAUAGUAGUGCUAAUGGGGCUGCUGAUCUGGUGAAGUCAUCACCCUCUCAAACACCCACCUUGUCACCGGGUUUCAGUGCGACCUUUGACAAUGUUAGCAGUGGGGGUAAUAAGAAUGUUUCGUCAUCUAGCAAAAACGAGGAGAGUUCAACGGGUACAUCGACAUCUGCAACGGGCACGGGGAGCGGUCCUAUAGUGUGGCCAGCUUGGGUUUAUUGUACCCGUUACAGUGAUCGUCCUAGUUCGGGUAAGUGCACAAAUUGUUUCUCAUUGAAAUCAAGGUAUGAAAUUAAACACUUUCUUAAUUUCUGGAUUGUAUUUGUACUGAUCCCUACCUAA